CACACCUUGAAACUACCUGAGCCCAAGGAGAAGGGGAGGAAAACUCCAGACAAACACAGGGAGGAGAAAAGGGGAAGGGAAGCGAACCAAAGUACAGGACCCAAGUGGGAGGGUAACCUAGGGGGCUAGGAAGUAUUGUACUCCGAGACCUUGUGGUUCCCACAACUGGCUUCACCCGGUCUGUGAGUUUCAGCUGAAACUGAUCAGCUGUGGACUCCGGUUCCUGAGCUACUCAGCCACCAGGAAGGACUUUGUACACCGCAGCAGGAACAACAGCUCUGUGCGCUGGGAUUGAAAACGUUGAAUUGUUUUGGGGGCAAACUCCACCCCCCCCCGAUUUCCCAAACCUCCCCCCAAAAAAGGGUGGGGGGAGGAAACUAUGAAGAACUAUCGGCUUUCCGAAGAAAGAAAAAUGAAUGAUUAUCAGCUUUCCCCAGGAAGCAAACUGAAAACCUCGGAUUCAGGGCUGAAGUACAACAAUAGAAAAGAGGACAUGAACGGCCUGGAGGAGGGGGUGGAGUUCCUCCCCACCAUGAAUGCCAAGAAGGUGGAGAAGCGCGGCCCGAAGCGAUGGGUGGUGGUGACUACUGUGCUGCUCGUCUUCCUGCUCGUCUCCCUCAUUGUCGGCCUCCUGGUGUGGCACUUCAAAUACCGGAGAGCCCCUGUCCAGAAGGUUUACAAUGGCCACCUAGUGAUUGUGAAUAUGAACUUCAUUGACGCCUACGAGAACUCCAGCUCCACCGAGUUUGCCAUGCUCUCCAAGAAGGUGCAGCACACGAUCGAGGAGAUCUAUAAAAAUAACCGAGACAUUGGCCCUUAUCACAAGAAGACAGUAAUAACUGCAUUCAGUGAAGGCAGCGUGGUUGCCUAUUACUGGUCGGAGUUCAUCGUCCCGGCAUACAGGGUCGAGGCGCUUGACAAGGCCAUGGCUGACAAGCAGAGUCUGAUCCAAACGGUGGAGUACAAGUCACGGAACCCCGUGCUGCAAGUCAAGUCGAUUGUUGCUUUCCCUGCUGAUUCCAGUAUAAUGCAGUCACCAGGAGACAAUAGCUGCAAUUUUGCCCUACACGCCAAGGAAGGUGAGAUCACCAGCUUCACUACCCCGGGCUUUCCCAACAGCCCGUACCCGAACAAUGCUCGUUGCAUGUGGGUCCUGAGGGCCGACGCUGACUCCGUCAUCAGCCUGACCUUCAAGACCUUCGACGUGGAGCGCUGCCAGGAAGGGAGCGACUUCAUCAAGGUCUACAACUCCCUGAGCCCCGUGGAACCCCACACCCUUGUGACGCUGUGCGGCAGUUACCCUCCGUCCUACAACCUGACCUUCCUGUCCUCCCAGAACGUCAUGCUGGUCAUGCUGAUCACCAACGCUGAGGGGCGGAACCCUGGCUUCAAGGCGGAGUUCUUCCAGCUCCCGAAGGCUGCAACCUGCAGCAAGACGUUGAACGCAGAAAGUGGAAACUUCACCACCCCUUACUACCCAGCCCACUAUCCACCCAACAUGGAUUGUGUCUGGGACAUAGAGGUUCCCCCUACAAAGAACGUGAAGGUGCGUUUCAACCUGUUCUACGUAUUGGAACCUGGCGUCCCGGUCGGUUCCUGCACCAAGGAUUAUGUGGAGAUCAGCAAUACAAAGUACUGUGGAGAGCGCCCCCAGUUUGUGGUGGCAAGUAACAGCAACAAAAUCACGGUCCGGUUCCAUUCAGACCAGUCGCACACAGACACUGGCUUCUCGGCAGAGUUCCUGUCUUACGAUUCCAGUGACCCCUGUCCUGGCAAGUUCACCUGCAACACUGGCCGCUGCAUUGAUAAAGUCAUGCGCUGCGACGGCUGGAUGGACUGCACGGAUUCCAGCGACGAGCGCUCCUGCAAUUGCACCAAGGAGCAGUUCAGGUGUGGUAACGGCUGGUGCAAGCCACGCUUCUGGCUCUGCGACGGUGUGAAUGAUUGUGGGGACAACAGCGAUGAGCUGCAAUGCAAAUGCCCAGAUAAGAACUUCAAGUGCCGCAACGGGAAAUGCAUCCCUGAAAACCAGAAAUGUGAUGGCAAGGACGACUGCGGGGACGGGAGCGACGAGGGCACCUGCAGCAAAGUGGAGUCCAUCUCCUGCACGGAUUACACCUACAAGUGCCGCAGCAGCGGGUGCGUGAGCAAGACCAACCCGGAGUGCGAUGGGACGAAGGACUGUGCUGAUAACUCGGACGAGGAGAACUGUGACUGUGGGAUCCGCUCUUACAGCAAGAAGACCCGGAUCGUUGGCGGGCAGAACUCAGAAGUGGGCGAGUGGCCGUGGCAGGUCAGCCUGCACGUGAAAGGCCAGGGGCACAUCUGUGGGGCCUCGCUGAUAUCGAACAAGUGGCUGGUGUCAGCAGCACACUGUUUCCGAGAAGAGGGGCAGAUCAGGUACUCGGACCCUAAGCUGUGGACGGCCUUUCUAGGGCUUCACGACCAGAGCGACCGGAAUAACAAGAUGGUGCAAGAGCGGAGCAUCAAGAGCAUCAUCACCAACUCCCAAUUCAACGACUUCACCUAUGAUUACGACAUCGCUGUGCUGGAGCUGCAGAGUCCUGUCACCUUCACCACCUCUGUCCAGCCCGUCUGCCUGCCUGAUGCCACCCAUGACUUCCCUUCUGGCAAGGAAAUCUGGGUGACCGGAUGGGGGGCCACCUCGGAAGGAGGUGCUGGUGCCACCAUCCUGCAGAAGGCGUCGAUUCGGGUGAUUAACCAGACCAUUUGCAACACACUGCUGACCAACCAGAUAACAUCACGUAUGAUGUGUGUGGGGUUCCUGACGGGGGGUAUCGAUGCCUGCCAGGGGGACUCGGGCGGGCCGUUGGUUAGCGUGGAGAACGGCAACAGGCUAUUUCUAGCCGGCGUGGUCAGCUGGGGAGACGGCUGCGCCCAGCGGAACAAGCCAGGAGUCUACACUCGGGUCUCCAAGCUGCGGGACUGGAUCAAGCAGCACACGGGGAUCUAGGAGGGCUCCAGCGAGGGGCUCUCGAUCCGGAUGGACACGCAGGGCGGGCGGUGCCUCUCACGUUCGGCUCUGGGUCUCUUUCAAGCCGGUGGUUGAAGACACUCCCAGCUGAUGUGAAGGGAAUCGUGUGUGUGUGUGUUUGUGUGUGUAUGUAUGUAUGUAUGUAUGUCGUUUCCUCCCCACCCCCAUGGGACUGGACCAGCGGGACGCCUGCCCUGUUCGAAGGCAUGGGGGGGGAGGAGUGGGCAGCUUGGAUCCUUCCCCGUAUUCCCUCCCCUCCUCCUUCAGGGAGCUGCCCCUAAUGUGAACUUAACACCUCUGGUGAGCAGGAACCUCCAACGGGAGAGCGUAGGAAUCCCACCUCUCCUCCCAUCUCACCUCAUCACAAACUGUGAUGGGCGGACGUUCUGGAGAGAGUGGGGAGAAACCCCUGCUCAUCCUAGUCCAAAGGGACUGGGCUGCACCAAGGACACGCUUCUCCGUAUUUAAAGCGGGGCUGUGUAAUUGUGUGUGUGUGUUUCCCCAGAACUGCCCAGUGUCUGGCAGGUGAUGGCAGAGCUGGUUUUUUGGAUGAAUCUUUUGGCUCCCACCCUGGAAAUUCCGUGUGUUCCAAUCUUCCACCUGCUCCUUCCGGCCUGUUGUGUACAGACACCCGCUUAGACGGCGCGGGAGGGGUAUGCAGCCUGAGCCCCCACUAACCCUCCCAGGAACUGCUGGGGCUGCCCAUUCAACCCCCCUCUCUGGUCCUAGCAGCCACCUAGGUCCAAUUCAGAUGGACUUUUAGAUACUUGUUUUUUUAACUGUGUUUUUGGUUGUUUUUGGAGCUCCAGUUCCCCCCGAUAAUGCUGCACGGGGAAGGUUAGCGGUCUGUAUCGGUUGCCUACCGUCGAAUGACCCCCCCAAAAAAACUCCUCUCGGUGACUCCAGUAAAACACUUUUAAACGAGAGGUUUAAUAUCGAGAGGUAAAAGCUCCCCUGAUCUGUCAAUGAUGGAAAACCAGGCUCUGUUGGACCCGCUCCCUUCUCCCGCCCUGAGCUGCUGUGCUCUGCCUCCGGCCUGGCGGUGGUUAUGGGACAGCUCGUCCUGCGCUGAGAUCCAUUUAUGAUGUCCGUGCAAGAAACGCCAGGCUCUGCAUGGCAGGGAAGGCUCACUGCUGCCCCCUGCAGGGGAGUGAUGGAGGUGAUCGUGACCUUUUAAAUGAAUCUUUCCUUGCAAGAGUGGUUUUUAUCGGCUUGUUUUGGAGCAAAGGGGAGGUGGUUGGCGACGCCCUGCUUGGAUUCUGAGAACUGAGUCAGGGAGGAGAUGACUGGGAAAUCCGCCGGGUGCAAGACAGCUAUGGCACAAGGCAGAGUCAUCUCAGCCUACCCUGGGCGCUGUCUGUGCUGGGGUAGCUGUUGUUCAGUCAGUCCGGCUGUUCUCACUGGGCCGUUACUGAGUGCCAGCAGCUGAACCUGCUUGCUGAGCGCUAGGCUUGUGUACCCUGUGCGCUAAGGGAUCUAUCACAUGGGAGGAUGGUUCUACAGAGCCUGCAUCUCCUUUUGAGGGGGGUCGUGCCUAAAUUUAAACACAGAGGUUUGGGGCCCACCAAUCUCCGCACGCUGCUCAGAUCCACGCAGGGCACUGCCUUCUGGGUCUUGUAGUCCCUCGGCGAGGUUCGUCACGCAGACCCACAAGGAAAUGCACUGUAGCCACUGUUGAGGGGCAUCGGGGGGGUCACACUGCAGAAUUCCAGAUGAGCCAGUCGCUACUGAGUUGUGGGCUGAACUUUGCCACCCCCAACCCCCCCAUCUGCCUGUUUUUCACAAGAAUGGUUUAAAUGUAUCCACUGGAGAGUGUGUGUGUGUGCGUGUGCGUGCGUGCGUGUGUGUGUGUGUGUGUGUGCACGCGUAUAUGCAUUAUCUAUCUACUGACCUGUUUACGGGUCAGAUUGGCAUUGCCACAAUGUGCCUUAACUGUAAGAAGUGAAGUGUGACCUCGUUCGCUGUCUGUGAAACCCCAAGUCCGUCUGUUGGACGUGAGUGCCUCAGUCCUUUAGCUGGUUCUUUAGUCCUCGCAGGAGGCUGAAGCCUUAGGUGCCAUGUGAGAUAGGGGAGACAA